AUGAAUGCAAGCUGGAAACGUCUCAACGUUGGAGUGGUGGGCGGAGGCAUCGGCGGUAUGUCAGUGGCGAUCGCCCUCCGCCGGGCUGGUCACGAGGUAACCAUCUAUGAACGCUCUGAUUUCGCCGGUGAAGUUGGUGCGUCCGUUUCUUGUGCUGCGAACGGAACUAGGUGGCUGCAUGAGUGGGAGGUGGAUAUUGCCAAGGGUGAUCCAGUCGUCUUGAAGAAACUCAUUAAUCGGGACUGGAAGACUGGUGAGCCGGUUAGCGUGUAUAGUCUGGAUGACUAUGAGAAGCGUUGGGGAUAUGUGUACAACAUGUUUCACCGACAAUAUAUGCACUCCAUGUUGAAGGAUUCCGCGCUAGGAGAAGAGGGGGAGGGAGUACCGGCCAAGUUAUUGGUGAAUUACAAGUGUCGCGAUAUCGAUCUCAAGUCGAACAAAAUCACCUUUGAAAAUGGCAAAAUAGUGCAUCACGAUCUGAUCAUCGGCGCCGACGGCAUCGGCUCUGCCGUUCGCGGGAUUUUGGGAAUUCGUCCUGAGAAGCGUCCAUCGGACUCUAGCUGCCUCCACGCAAAUGUCGACGCGGAUGAGGCCGCAAAACUCGGACUGACCAAUUAUUCUCAAGACAGUGCUCUAGAAUACUGGGGUGGACAAGAAGGCAAAUGGGAUAAGAUCGUCCUAUCGCCCUGCAACGGCGGUAAACUCCUCUCAUAUUACUGUUUCUUCCCCCGCGACCAGGGUGACUUUACAACACAGGCCUGGGGCACCGAGUCCCUUCCGGUCGAGGAUCUUCUCAAGCCAUACCCUCAACUUGAUCGCCAGGUUCUUGAGCAUCUUGCCAUCGGCAAGGAAAUUCAACCAUGGCGAUUGUGGGUACAUGAUCCGUACCCAUAUAUUCACCAGGGCAAUGUCUGUCUCCUGGGUGAUGCGGGACAUCCCAUGAUGCCGCACCAGAGUCAAGGGCGUUAUUUCAAUGGAGAUAUUGCACAGGCCCUUGCCGCGUACGAAGAGGUUCGUUUGCCUCGCGUUACACGGGUACAGUCUGCAGCUGCCAAGGCAGCGUAUAAUAUUAACGAGAGAAUUGGAUUCUCUGUGAACAAAGAUACCCCCACUUAUAAGGUUGAGGAUCCAAAGAAGGUCCUCACUAUUGAAGAGAUGAAUGCAUAUGAUAUGUAUCGGGAUAUCGAGGAGAAACUUGCUGUUAAGCGCGGGGGCACGUUUCAUGACCUCGAAGUGUUUGACUUCUCCAGCUCUUUCCUUCAGAAUGUUUCGCGAGCCAUCUGCAACCGUGUCGAGGGCGUGACCCGUGUUGUCUAUGACUUGUGA